AUGACCACAGUGACAUCCGCGUCAAUAACGACAUCUGCGAGUUCGGCAAUAUCGACAAGCCCCGUUUCUGCUCAUAUCCCAGAUCACUACUCCGCCCGCAACUUGCCUCCAGCGAGUCAAGCAAUCAAAUUGGAAGAUCAGAAGAGUCUGCGGGAGACAGCGACGAUACAAAAACGCAGCGCGGCGAGCGCCGCUGAGUGGUACCGGGGAUCCGCGGAAAUGCCCGCUGCUCUGAUACCAAUGCAAAACAGUCGUGAAGCAUUCCCACACAUUUCGGCCACACCACAGGGCUACAUGCAAAUGCUCACAUCUGCCCCAGACCAGAUGAGCCGAUCCGGCAGCCUGGUUCGCGAGGGCCAAUCGUCGCCCAUUCCACCCCUGCCAGUUCCCUGGGCGGCCCAAGGACAUCAUGUGCUAACAGGGGCGCAUCAAGCAGGCGUGGGCUCACCGGUGCCUUUCCAUCAGUCUCAACGAUGGGGUACAUCUCUGAUGCCACUUCAAGGAGGCGCCGAGUAUGGAGCAAAUAUGCAUACCGCACCUUCCACGUCAAUGACAUCACAGGGGGAGGGUAGUAACUGGGAUGGGGAGUGUUCGAGGCCUACGAAAAGAGGAGGCGCCCGCAUGCAGUCAGACUUGGUUGCGAUCAAUCAUGAAAACGCCUAUGUGGUAGGCAUACCCAACUCAUUGGCUACUCCCAUGACUUUGGGUAUCAAAGCCACUAUUAUCAGUCGUCUGCUAUCUAUUAUGCAGGUUAUGUGCCCCACCGCCACUCCACCACAGGACUGUCUUGAUCUGAUCUCUCACGCAGAACGACGAGAUUCGUAUCUCCCCGGCGUUUACGUGCAUACCAUAUUCUUGAACCUGGUCUACAAGAACAUGAGCGGCGACCAAAUCGACGAGCUUAUGAGGAGGUUCAUCCUGAGUGUCCCGAGCCGAUCGGAAUACUCGUGCGUCAUAUAUCGCGCCUUGACCACCUUCGUUCGCACGUAUCUUUCGCCACACGACACUGGGGUUACGACAGGAAAGCGGGACAAAAACGAGCUUUUCGCUCUCGGUGGUAGCGACAUGAUUCGUGCGAUCAAAGCACUGUGCAAUUCCGAGGAUCCGUAUGUCAUCAAGCUCAUUCCCGACGGUUUCGCAUGUGUCGUCCGGCAAAAGCCAUUGGACCCCAAGCACGAAGUGGUGUCGGCACCGCGCAUUGCUGGGGUGGUGGGUUUACGACGCCGGGUUUACCGCGCUUACGUCGAAGCCAUCGCCGCCGACCUUGCAUGGCUGGGCGAUGUGGACGGAUGGAAGGCAGUGGUAGAAUGGACACCGACCAUCGAGGAUGUACAAGAGACGGUCACGGAAGACGGGUAUGCUGUGGGAACAAUCAUCGUGCGCUUCAAGCGAGUCGACACGUACACCUCGCAUCCUAUUGCCUUGCAAAUCGGCGAUCAGCAGGCUCUGCAGCAGCGUCCGGGUCACCUAUUCCCCUCUGCCCAGACCGGCGCGGUCUCCAGCAGUCAGUCGCAACAGUGGAUCAACUCGGCCGCAAACUACACGUUUCCGUCGCAGCCAUCAAGCCAGUCUCGUCACGUAUCAUUAUCAACAUCCACCUCAACUUCCGCCGACUUGCCAAGACGGAGCGUCCCGAUUAUAGUCCCAAAUCCACGGUCCACCUCCCUCGCAUUUCGUGGGUCACAGUCAAGCCAGACUCUAAAGCGAACGCGCGAUGAUGCUUAUAGCGGCUUCUACGAAUCAUCGGUCCAAUCGCAUGUCGAGCCUUUCAUGCCAGCGGCCUCGGGGCUCGCCAUCCCGGUGAUGCAGUGCCCCGUUGCGGAACGAGGGGGGCCGAUCAUGGACGAGUUUACUGUUGCUAUAGCGCCACCCAGGCACUCUUCGCUUCCGCACCGCCUGGGUCUUUCGUCUUUCACCAGCCAAGUAUCGCCCAGAUCAUCCUCGCUGCCAGGUUCGAGGAAUUCUACCCAGUCAACGAUCAUUGUCCCGUCGUUAUCAACGUUGACAUCCGACUUCGUUGAUCACGAAUCUUACCUCGCCACCGCGCCAUCCACUGCUUUGGAAUCUCCGCCCGCCCCCAUCUCAAUUACGCCGCAUGUGUUCGCUUCCCCAACUCAGGGCACUGAUGACUUCGGCGUAGACCCUGAGUUGGAUGCCAGGGCCUUCAACGAAUCGUGGGCUGAGCUUCCGCACAUUGCCAAUAUUCGCGGGGAAUUUGAGGAUGCCGCGUUGGAGUGGUUGCAAGGAUAUCCCUCCCUCGUAUCCUUUAUAGCCGCACCUCUCGCUGCAAGCGGCGGACUUGGUGAUGAAGCUCCCUUUUUGGGCGAUGGCAAUGCGAUCGCAGUCUGA